AUGGCUGCUGUGAACGUACACAGCACAAAUGCUUCAGACAACAACCUCAGCCGCCAUGACAUGUUGUCCUGGAUCAACGACACACUGCACACAAACUACACAAAGAUUGAAGAACUUUGUUCAGGUGCCGCAUAUUGCCAGUUUAUGGACUUGUUAUUCCCAGGCUCAGUGGCAUUAAAAAAAAUUAAAUUCAAUACAAAAUUAGAACACGAGUUUAUACAGAACUUCAAGAGCCUCCAAGCCUGUUUCCAGAAGUUGGGUGUGGAUAAGAUAGUCCCCGUGGAAAGGCUGGUCAAGGGGAAGUUCCAGGACAACUUUGAGUUUGUCCAGUGGUUCAAACGUUUCUUCGAUGCCAACUAUGCCGGUCAGAACUAUGACCCGGUUCUGGCCCGCGGUAGCGGCAGCGGUGAACAGUUGAGCGCCCCUAAGAGCAUGCAGGUCAAAGCUCCUGCAGCGAAGCCGUCGGUCACUCGUACAGCACAGCCUCCUGCCCAGAAAG